CCUCAAACAUCGAAAGCAUAUGAAGAGAAACCAAAGAAAAGAAUCCCAAAUAUGUUUAUUUCAUAUCGUAAUGAAAUGAUGAAAUAUAAACCAAAUAAUAUACAAAUGACCAAAUACAGUCAACUGAUGUCAGAAAAGUGGAAGGAGCUAUCAGAAAUUGACAAAACCGAAUUACAAAGACAAUAUCAAAUAAAUAGAGACGAAAAACUGUCAAAACGUGUUGAAUAUGAAACCGUUGCGAAUCAAAAUGGGAUCCUACCGGAUGGAAAAACUAUUUUGGAAAGGAAUGUUCCAAUAGAUCGAAAUCAAACAAAUUACAAAAACCUGUAG